AUAAUAGGCCGUAAAUCAGAAACUCUUAAAUUAAUAGAGAUUUUAUCUAGAAAAACUAAACGAAAUCCUAUAAUUUUAGGUCCUGAAGGAGUAGGAAGAUUAUCUUUAAUUAAAGCAUUAGCUGCUAAAAUAAAACGAAAUGAAGUUCCCGUUCUUUUAAAAAAUAAAGAACUAUGGAUAUUAAAUAUGAAUUCUUUAAUUAAAUAUACUACAUAUAAAGGAGAAUUAGAACAACAAUUUGAAGAAUUAAUUAAUUCAAUUAAGUCUCAAAAUAACCCUAUUAUUUUAGUAUGUCCUGAUAUAGAACUUUUAUUUAAUUUAAACAAUUCUUCUGAAGAAGGAAUUAAUACUUUAAUUAAUACAUUAAAACCUGCAUUAGAAAAAAAUUAUAUUCAACUUAUAGGAACAAGUACUUCAAGUGAAUAUGAAAAAUUUAUUAAGAAAAAUUCUACUGUAGAUAAAUAUUUUGAUAGAUUAACUUUAGUAGAACCUUCAGAAGAAGUUACAUUUAAAAUUAUAAAAAAUAAGAUAAAAAGUUUAGAAGAAUUUCAUAAAGUAUCUAUUUUAUCAGAGACUAUUAAAGAAGUAAUUAAUUUAAGUAAACAGUAUUUAAAACAUAAAACGUUUCCUGAAAAAGCAUUAAUUUUAUUAGAUGUAGCGUGUGCUAAAAUUAAUUGUGCUAAUCCAGUAAGUACGCAAUUUAAUCCUCUUACAACAUUAGCAUUACAACAAGCAGCUUCAGAUUUAUCUGGAUUACCUGCGCAUCUAAUUAUUAAAAAUUUAGAUACUGUAAAAACAGAAGCAACUUUAACAGAAAAAUUAAAUUCUAGAGUAUUUGGACAAAAUAUUGCAAUUUCAAAAAUUACUAAUGCAUUAAAAAGAGCUUCUACAGGAUUAAAACCUAUUAAUAAACCAAUAGGAAGUUGGUUAUUAUGUGGACCAAGUGGUACAGGUAAAACAGAAUUAGCAAAAUCUCUAGCAAACUUUUUAUUCGGAUCAGAUACUGAAAUGGUGAGAUUUGAUAUGAGUGAAUUUAUGGAAAAACACUCUGUGUCUAGAUUAAUAGGAUCUCCUCCUGGAUAUAUUGGGUAUGGAGAAGGAGGACAAUUAACAGAAGCUGUAAAUAAAAAACCGUAUACUGUAGUAUUAUUUGAUGAAAUUGAAAAAGCUCACACAGAUGUAAAUAAUUUAAUGCUACAAUUAUUAGAUGACGGACGUUUAACAGAUUCUAGUGGUAAGUCAGUAGAUUUUUCAAAUACAAUUAUUUUAUUUACAAGUAAUUUAGGGUGUCCUACAAAUCCAUUAGAAUUUAAAUCUUUCCAAGAAGGAUCUAAUUUUACUAAAGAAGAAUACUUAUUUUUAUCUAAUAAAGUUAAUACUGCAGUACAAAAUCAUUUUAGACCAGAAUUUAUUAAUCGUUUAGAUGGUGUAGUUGUAUUUCAACCCUUAAGUAUUAAUUAUUUAACUAAAAUUGUAGAUAAAUUUUUAGAUCAAAUUUCAUCAAAUUUAAAACAUAAUGGAUCUCCUUUAUGUUUAAGUGUAAGUUCUGAAGUUAAACAUAUUUUAGCUAAAAUAGCAUAUCAACCUUUAUACGGAGCACGUCCUUUAAAAAGAUUAAUAGCUAAUUUAAUUGAAACCCCUAUUAGUGAUAUUUUACUUAAUUAUAAA